ACGACCCAGCGUCGUGACUCUUUUGAUACCCCUUUCCUCUCCUCACCUCGUAUCCACCGCUUCUCGCGACCCUACAGCUCCUACACCAUAUUCUCACAAACACACACGCCUGCAAACAUGUCUGCCGAAGAAACGAAGCCGGUUACCACCGAGGCCGGUGUCGUUGAGCCUACCCCAGCCCCGGCUGAGGCCCUCACCGCCGAUAAGGUCGAGGCUCCCGCUGUUGAGCCCGCAAAGGCCGAGGAGCCCGCCAAGGAGGAGGGAGAGGCUGCUGCUCCCGCCGCCGCUGCUCCGGCUGAGGAGAAGAAGGAGGAAGAGGUUGUCGAGCCUAUAAGCAGCGGUGCUCUCGGCUACAAGGCACCGGGUCUGAAGAACGCUUUCCGCUUUUCCAAGAGGUACUUCUGGCUCGGAGACGAGGCUGUGUCCGUCCAGAGCCUGAGCCAUUACCUUCGCGGCGAAAAGGCGGAGAUCGCCCACCCUACCGCUGCUUGGUCCAGCCAGACCGGCAAGGGCCUGCUCUACUUUGUCAAGCACGCCGAUGAGAAGUCUACUCCUGCCGGUGUUCUCAACCUCUCCGAGGCCACUGACCUUGCCAAGGAUGGCUCUGUUGUCUUCCACUUCAAGCUCCACGGCCACAAGCACGCAUUCGAGGCCCAGACCACCAAGGAGCGCAAUGGUUGGUUCGUCGCCCUCGAGAAGGCCAUUGAAGAGGCCAAGGCGUCCAAGGAGAGCAUUGUCUCCAGCGAGGGCUACAAGGAGGAGCUCGCUAAGAUUGGCAAGCCUGCUACGCUAGCGGCCACCGCCGCCAACGCGGCUUCUGCCCCCAAGAAGAGCAUUGACGCUACCGAGAAGCUCGGUGAGACCGAGGCCGCCCCCGCCGCCGAGUCGUCCGCCGGUCCCGCCCGUACCGGUUCCUCCAGCAGCUCCUCUUCUUCCGACGAGGACAAGAAGAAGAAGAAGGACAAGGCCGAGGAGAAGGUCGAGGAGAAGAAGGAGAAGCCUGAAGAGAAGGCUGAGGACAAGAAAGAGGCCUCCACUGCAGUUGCGGCCACUGCUCCCGUUAUUCCCCCUGUUGAGGGCACUAGCGCCGAAGAGACCAAGGCUGAGGAGACUGCCACCCCUGCCGUUGUUCCUGCUGCGGAAGAGAAGAAGACUGAGGAGAAGAAGGUCGAAGAGAAGCCCAAGCCGGCCAAGCGCGCCUCUAUCUUUGGCAACUUUGUCGAGAAGCUGAAGAGCCCGACCCACGAGAAGAAGGAGGCCGAGAUUGUUCCCCCUGCCCCUGCGAAGGACACCGAGGCUGCUCCCGCUGCCCCCAAGACUGACGAGACUCCUGCUGCGCCUGUUGUGCCCACUACUGAGACGACCGUCGAGGCACCCAAGGCUGAGGAGACCAAGCCUGCCGCUACCACUCCUCACAAAGAGAAGCACUUCUCUUUUGGCAAGUUCCUUGGCAGUGCCAAGGAGAAGGUCCGCUCCCCUUCAGGCGAGAAGGCUCCUGAGUUGCCCAAGGCUGAGGAGCCUGCCAAGGCUGAUGAAGCUGCUGCUCCCGCUGUCGCCGCUGAGCCUGCUGCCCCCGCUGCCCCUGUUGAACCGGCUGCCGAGGCUCCCAAAGAAGAGACUCCUGCUCCUGCCGCUGAGGGCAAGCAAAAGCGAGGCUCCAUCUUCGGUAGUCUUCUCCGCAAUGCCAGCAAGGCUGGCAAGGUUAAGAAGGAGAAGGAGGCCGCUGCCACUCCCGCCAAGGUCGAGGAAGCUGCUGAGCCCAAAGAGGAGUCGGCCGCAGAGCCUGCCAAGGUUGAAGAGAAGAAGGAGGAAACUCCCGCUGCUUCCGCAGUGGUCGAGCCCGUCACCGCCGCCGAUGUUGUCCCCGAAGCUGCCCCAGUAGGGCAGGCUCCCAAAAGCACCCCCCAGGUCCCUGCCACCGCGUAAAGUCUGGUGGGAAGAUCCAACGUUCAUCCACGACAGCCAUGAUGGAAUGACGGAAAAGCAAAGACAACGCAGCUCACUUGUUUGACCGGACGGCCUACACGAC